UAUCAGUGUCGCUCUCUUACUCACCAAAAUGAGCGCGAGAAGCGAUGAGUGAACAUCGCCGGAUCGGAAGAUAAAGGAAAACUUUGUUGUCUUCGGAGCGUUAUCCGGGGCUGUAUUGGCAGCUGUGUUGGAUUCGAAUAGGACUUUCAAUUCUUGUUUGGGAUUGCGAGGUCGUGACAAGUUGGAAUUAUUUGUCUCUCUUGAUUGGUUUUCGGACCAGUGUUUCGGUAGCUUUCGACUGGAUUUGAUCAAAACCUUCUCCCUGACGAGACUAACAAGGCGACAACAAGUGGUGUCAAUCUGUGGUAAACCAUAGUUUAGUUGACGAGUCGCCAUGACGGGGCCUGCUUACGCCCCGCAGCCGAACGAUGCGACUGGAGAAAAAAUGGCAGGCAGUGAUUCGGAUAGUCUCCUGGCAAGACUUUCAUCCAGCCCUGCCCCCAGCGGCAUGCCGUUGUCUAUGUCAGAAAUUGAGUUUGAUGAAUCAAACGACACGAGCUCAGACUAUUUUUAUGAUGAACACUUAAUAAGAGUGGUUAACAUUACAUCUUUCACUUUCUACGGAUUCAUCAUCACUAUCGGUCUGAUCGGCAACCUCAUCGUCAUCUUCAGUAUUCUUCGUACGUACCGUCGAAUCUCUUUCACCUCGAUGAUGCUGUGUAGUCUGGCUGUAGCCGACCUCCUAUUCACAGCCGUCUUCAUCCCGAUACAACUCUAUACCAGUUACCACUCGAGUUGGGGUUUUGGUUUCUUCGGCUGUUACCUCAUUGCAUUCCUCUGGUUCCUUGGGCCGGCUUCCUCGGCGAUGAUGCUGCUUGUUAUCAGCGCUGAAAGGUACAUCGUUAUCAUCCACCCGCUACAGGCUAAAGUUUUCCUUACGAAAAAAAUGGGACUAAUAAUCGUAAAUGUGACGUGGCUAAUAGCGAUUCUAUUGUCCUUAGUUUCGAUCCCAUUCACAACGUAUGUGCAGUAUGAUAACGAGGGAGAAACUUUCAAUCACUGCAAUCGGCAAACAUCAACUUAUACUGGAAAGGUAGUUAAAAUAUUCUUCUUCGUCGGUGUGCUAUAUGCCCUCCCCCUCCUCGGUAUGUUCUUCUGUAACAUCCGGGUUAUUAUCACUCUCCAUCGUAGCAGCCGUGUCACACGAACCAUGCAAAGUAUAAACCUUUCCAAGUCCAGCUGCAGUAACAACGGCGUCCGCAGCACGACCAGUUACAGCGCAGCAAGACCUAGCUGCGGUAUGGAAUCGGAGAUCAGCACGGUGGUGUCACACGGGGGUAUGAGCAACGGGGCGACAGGUGAUGCAGCAACCAUCCUGAAAGGCGGUGGGAAACGCAAAAGUAGGAUGCAUUCGACAUUGCAAGAGAGAAAGAGGGUGAUGGUUCUUCUGGGCAUCUUAGUUGUAACCUAUGCCGUCCUGUGGGGACCUCUGAUGGUUUUACUGAUACUCGGUCUUCACGUGGAAAUCGACGACACGGUCAACAGCCUCCUCUCCAUUGCCUUUCAUCUCCUCGCCAUGUCCAACAGCGCUUUCAACCCCCUGGUCUACGCUCUCAUGUCACGAAGCUUCAGGAAAAUCAUCAAGAACGCAUGCACCUUAUGUUGCAGUCGCAUGCCGUCACCGCGGCUACAGCUGCGAAAUUACCGCCUCACGUCGACGCGUGACCGCGGUUCCAGCCUGUCUUCAACGCAAAUGACUCAGUUCUCUAUGCGUUCUAUCAAUAACGCGGACUCUUUGAAACGAUCUAACGGAGCGAACCCACAUGGGUAUAUAUACCUCCGUAAUAACAACGUGCACUCAUAAAAGCAUAAAUAAUGUGACUCAAAUUUGGACAUGCUGUAUAGCUUCUCUUAUUGAGUAUUCAUCUUAUCUAUAAACGGAUCUUUGCAAUACCUUGAAUAUUUCAUUUUGAAGAUAAUUCAAAGACACGUAAAAAAAUGAUAAAACUCUGUUGUUCUUAUCAGGUGUCUACUCCAACAUGCUUAAUUCUUGAAUGAGCCUAAGGAUUAACAUCUUUAGAUUCACGAAAUAUAUUUAUAAAAUAUCCUACUUUUUCAUUCAAUGUGGGCCUAUACCUCUAUUCGUUAGCCACCUAUCAGAACCAAACCAAAUCAUUCGGGAAGGUGUUUUUCCCCUCUUUCAGCAUGUUCAGGUAGAAAAAUGGCAUGUUUGGAUUAUUCACGUC